UUGCAUUACAUUGAUAAAAUAAGAAAACCCAAAAACCUUGAAACCAAGAAAUACAAAAACCCAAAACCCUCCAAAAGCUCAGAGGAGCAGAGAGCAGGCAGCAAUGGAGUCUGAGAAACCAAGUUUCGAACCGUUUCGGCUGUUUUCAUCGCCAGGGUCGGGGUUUCUUGAACAAUCAGAGCCCCCUCUUCCUCCGCCGCCUCCUUCCGUCCAAGUGCUUCCCUCCGAGGUUUCGUCGUCUGUGAAGUACACCGUGGAGCCGGUGGAGUUGGGCGGACUUACUUUGCUCAAGGGUCGCGUUAGUACUCAAGACGUUUUCACGCUGUCCAACUCUGAUUUAGUUCCUGGGAAAUAUGAAGGGGGAUUAAAGCUGUGGGAAGGUUCUCUUGAUCUAGUUAAAGCUCUAAGCUCUGAAGUUCAAAAUGGAAAUUUAUCAUUUGCCGGUAAAUGCGUUUUAGAGCUUGGUUGUGGCCAUGGACUUCCCGGUAUCUUUGCCUGCCUUGAGGGUGCAGCUGCCAUUCAUUUCCAGGACUUCAAUGCGGAGGUCCUGCGGUGCCUCACCAUUCCUAAUGUAAAUUCAAACAUUCCAAACUUCCAAUCCCCAUCAGUGCAAGCGACAAAGUCUAAUGUGGGGGCCGAAAUUGGUUUUUUUGCUGGUGACUGGCGUGAAAUGCAUAAGCUUCUUCCUUAUGCACAAAACGACGAGAGGGAUGUUAAUGUUAGUUCAGAGCAAAGUUUAGAUGCUCAGUAUGAUAUUAUUUUAAUGGCGGAGACAGUUUACUCAAUUUCUACUCUCCCACAUCUAUAUGAACUCAUAAAAAAGUGCUUAACUCCUUCUCAUGGAGUAGUCUACAUGGCUGCAAAGAAGCAUUAUUUUGGAGUAGGUGGGGGAACUCGAAGGUUUCUAUCUGUGGUCGAGAAAGAUGGGGUGUUGGCUUCUUGCAUGGUUGCUGAAGUUGCAGAUGGUUCUUCUAAUGUCCGAGAGGUAUGGAAGCUUUCGUUUAAGUAGGCGUCGAAUUCAUGUUGACCAAACAGUAUUGUACCUUACCCUAAGUUGCCCGGAAGAAUUUCAAAAGUUGUAAUUGUGAUCAAGAUUAUUUUUACUGUCUUGAGUGGUAAAAGUUAUCAUGCAAUCUUAUCUAGUAGAUCAUUGUAAAGAAAUGCAUGAUGACAAUUUCGAAGUGAUACGUAUAACCCUUAUCUACGAGGAGUGUGCUACAUCGAUAUGAAGCUUUAUUCUUUAAACUA